AUGGUUCUCUCUUCAGACGAAUACAACGGCAAACUCUACAUCAACGGUGCCUUCAGCUCAGCGCAAGGCUCCGAACGCCUCACCCUCACCAAUCCUUGGGAUGAAUCUGUUGUCGCGGAAGAUAUCCAUGUCACCAACAGUGUAGACAUUGAUGCCGCAGUCGCGGCCUCCGUCGCGGCGUGA